UUUUUAAAAUAUACGAGGAAAAUGGAUCUUGGAGCGGCAAAAGAAUACACGAAUUUAAAGGGCACUGUGCCAACGAAGAAGUACAACUUAGCAGGAGUGGUGAUUGAUGCCACCCAACCUUAUAAGACGUCAAAGAACCUGAUUGUGACUAUGAAGAUUGUCGACCCCUCUAUUUCUUGAAUCCUGGACACUGACCCUGAUGCUGAUAUGGAUGCAGAGAUUGAUGAGGAGAAAGCUAUUAAGGAGACCAAUAAGAUGUUCAGGUCUAUUUCUAUUUUCAACCAAAACCAGAAGGAUGAGAUGCCAAUUGUCAAAAAUGUGGGAGAUAUCAUCCUGAUAAAAGAAUGUAAAUGCGCGAAAUUUAAGGGUCAAGAACAGUUCAAUAUUAACUUACAUUGGCACUCAGAAUUUAUGCUCUUUAGUUCAAAGGAGUUGACUGAUGAUGAGAUUCGGCUAAAUCCUGAAGCCCAGUUCUUUCCAUACCAAAUGAAAAUGCAAUCAAACAUCGAGUUUAGAUUAACUAGUGAGGAGAAGAACUUAAUAAGAGAGCUAAGGAUUUGGAGUAACACUGUCUUCAACCCUAUGUUUGUCUAUCCAGAUACAAUGUUUGAUGCCUGUGCUGAGGUUGCCACACAAAAUAGGGAGUGUGAUCUCCACUGUAAGAUAUUGGAAAUCACUUCUAACAACGACUUGUUCGCAGAGGUUUGUGUCAACGACACUUCUGGAUGAAAGCUGUUCUUCAAAAUCACUAAGAAACAACUUCACCAGUGGGAUAUCCAAGAAGGAAAUUUUGUGAGGAUUAGAUCUAUAGUGAUUGUUAAAGGAACUUCUAAUUAUAUUGAACUUACCAAAAACUCACAUUUCCUAAAAUUCAGGAAAGACUCAAUUGUUGCAAAGUCUUUGGAGUCUAAGAUGAAAGAUGAUGAAAUGAUCCGUGAUUUGAUUUCAAGCCCAUUUGAAGAAGUUAUCUUAGAGCAUCCAAUUACUGUAUCUCGUACAAGUGAUAAAUACAGUACCUUACACUUGGUCAGUCUUCAUGACUUAUUUCAUAACCCCGAGAGUAAGUUUUAUGCAUAUGAAUAUUCAAAUUAUUAUGAUGAAUAUGAUUUGCAUAAUCAGUCGAAGUUUCUCCGCUUGAGAUUCAAUGUGUUAAGAACUUUGCCAGGAGAGGUGGAGGAAAUUGUGCAAAUGUAUUGUGAAAAAUGCCACCACUGUGCCUCACUCAAAACCAAAAAUGACCCAUCCACUUUUUAUUCAUGCUCUAACUGCUUAGACAGUACAUCAACAAGAUUGAUUUACCAGAUGCAGUUCUUGAUUCAGGAUGACUCUACCAGUGAAAAGGCUCUGGGGGAUCAGAGUCAGGUUUUAAGUCAAGAGAAGCAGUUCCAUAGAGUUCUUUUCUACAGCCAUAACAUGAGCUCAGAGCAAUCAGGAAUUUUUGGAGGGAUCCAACCAAGCAACCUGUAUAAUAACACUAAAGACCUGGAAUCAAUCAGGAAAUAUCUUAUCCUUAUCAGCAAGUAUAAUAUCUACGUUGAAGGGAUCGUUGAAUUGGUCUACCAGAGAAGAACAAACCCUAUUCUGAUGCUUAUCGACUGCCGCCUCCAGUCCGGCUAUAUGAAUUCAUAAGGAAUAUUUC